CGGACCGCUGUCGCUGUCGCUGCCGCCAUGGCGCAGUACAAGGGUGCCGCAAGCGAGGCAGGCCGCGCCAUGCACCUGAUGAAGAAGCGGGAGAAGCAGCACGAGCAGAUGGAGCAGAUGAAGCAGAGGAUCGCGGAGGAGAACAUAAUGAAAUCCAACAUUGACAAGAAGUUCUCUGUGCACUACGAUGCCGUGGAGGCGGAGCUCAAGUCCAGCACCGUGGGUCUUGUGACCCUGAACGACAUGAAAGCUAAGCAGGAGGCCCUGGUGAAGGAGCGGGAGAAGCAGCUGGCCAAGAAGGAGCAGUCGAAGGAGCUGCAGCUGAAGCUGGAGAAGCUGCGAGAGAAGGAGCGCCAGAAGGAGGCCAAGCGGAAGAUCUCCAGCCUGUCCUUCACCCUGGAGGAAGAGGAUGAGGCAGGCAACGAAGAGGAGCUGAAGAGGGAAGAGAUCACAAAAAAGAGGAAACUGGGGAAGAACCCAGAUGUGGACACGAGCUUCUUGCGUGACCGAGACCGGGAGGAGGAGGAGAAUCGGCUCCGGGAGGAGCUACGGCAGGAGUGGGAAGCCAAGCAGGAGAAGAUCAAGAGCGAGGAGAUCGAGAUCACCUUCAGUUACUGGGAUGGCUCUGGGCACCGGCGUACAGUCAAGAUGAAAAAGGGCAACACUAUGCAGCAGUUCCUGGAGAAGGCCCUCGAGAUCCUGCGCAAAGACUUCAGCGAGCUAAGGUCGGCAGGGGUGGAUAAGCUCAUGUACAUCAAGGAGGACCUAAUCAUACCCCACCACCACAGCUUCUAUGACUUCAUCGUCACCAAGGCGCGAGGGAAGAGCGGGCCCCUCUUCAAUUUCGACGUUCACGAUGACGUGCGGUUGCUCAGCGACGCCACCGUGGAGAAGGACGAGUCGCACGCGGGCAAGGUGGUGCUGCGGAGCUGGUACGAGAAGAACAAGCACAUCUUCCCCGCCAGCCGCUGGGAGCUCUACGACCCUGAGAAGAAGUGGGACAAGUACACGAUCCGGUGAUGUGGCAGCAGCGUGGCCCCAGCCCCUCCGGCUCCCUGC